CAAGAAGUACUCAGCCAACAACAACUUUGUAUGUACCUCCUCGGCCAAAUCUGCAGCUAACUUCAGCCCAGAUAAGUCAGUACUUACAAUCACAGCAUCAUCAUCACAGCAAGAUUCUGGACGAUAUUCCUGUGCAGUUAAGGGCACAACGAAGCCUAGUCAAACUACAGAAAGUAAUGUCGUCAGUGUUCAGGUUGAUGAAAGAAAACCUAAGCCCACGCUAACACGAAAUUCAAACCUUGGCGAGAUGUUCCCCGGAGAAUCCAUCAUUUUCACCUGCAGUGUUAGCGUGUCCUCUGGGUGGGAAUACCUGUGGUACCGUGGUGACCAGGACAUCAACACACCUAACACUGAUACGUAUAACAUACCUUCUAUAAGGCUUGAAGAUAAGGGACAGUACCAUUGCAAAGCUAGGAGAGGUCAACUUGUAACAGAUGCAAGUGAUAGUACAACUCUGGAGGUCUCUCAAAUUCCUGUUCCAGCUAUGACAGAAAGACCCCGGUGGCAACAAGUGUUCCCCACUGAGAGUGUGUCGUUCAGCUGUGCGAUGGAGCGGGACAGCUCUAACUGGAUAUAUACAUGGUACAAAGAUGGAGAGCAGGUCCAGGCUGAUGGUAGUGUGUCUUUUGAUGCAAAUGGAGCUAAACUUUCCAUCAGCUCUGCUUCAGCUAAUCAUAAAGGACAAUAUAAGUGUAGUGUGCAACUCCAGAACAGGGCUGUCAGGAGCCAAAGCAGUUCUGAACUUUCUCUCACAGUGCAUGGUGAGAAACCUACUCUCACACUGACCAAGGAUCCCGACUAUCAGGUGAUGUUUCCUGGAGAAUCAGUGACCUUUAGCUGUGCCAUCAGUGUCUCAUCUGAUUGGCAAUACCUGUGGUACAAAGAUGGCAUUGAAAUUUCUGGAUCAUCAGACAAACUUUUAGUUAAAAUUAGUGCAACAGCAGAUGGGGGAUCAUAUACAUGCAAAGCAAGAAGAGGUCCAAAUCCAAGUUUCACCACUGAUUCGAGUAAAGCCAUACAGCUUCAAGUGAGAGGUGAGAAACCUACUCUCACACUGACCAAGGAUCCCGACUAUCAGGUGAUGUUUCCUGGAGAAUCAGUGACCUUUAGCUGUGCCAUCAGUGUCUCAUCUGAAUGGCAAUACCUGUGGUACAAAGAUGGCAGUGUACUUUCUGAAUCAUCAGACAAACUUUUAGUUAAAAUUAGUGCAACAGCAGAUGGGGGAUUAUAUACAUGCAAAGCAAGAAGAGGUCCAAGUCCAGGUUUCACCACUGAUUCGAGUAAAGCCAUACAGCUUCAAGUGAGAGGUGAGAAACCUACUCUCACACUGACCAAGGAUCCAGAGUACCAGGUGAUGUUUCCUGGAGAAUCAGUGACCUUUAGCUGUGCCAUCAGUGUCUCAUCUGAAUGGCAAUACCUGUGGUACAAAGAUGGCAUUGAAAUUCCUGGAUCAUCAGACAAACAUUUAGUUAAAAUUAGUGCAACAGCAGAUGGGGGAUCAUAUACAUGCAAAGCAAAAAGAGGUGCAAAUCCAGGUUUCACCACUGAUUCGAGUAAAGCCAUACAGCUUCAAGUGAGAGAGAACAAACCUACGCCCUCAAUUACUCGACAGCCAGAUGCUAAAAAGCUCUACAUGGGAGAGCCCGUGUCCUUUGAAUGCAAAGUUGAAAUUUCAUCUGGUUGGAGCUAUGAGUGGUACAAAAAUGGAACAUCAAUUCUUAAUAACCAAAGUUUAAAUAUGAAUAACCUCAGUUGGUCGAACAGUGGAACUUAUAAGUGCGUUGCCAAAAGGAAGAAAACCAAUUUCACCACAAAUUUCAGUGAAGAGCGGACCUUACCCCUCUCUGAAAUUCCUGUUCCAACUUUAAAGCCAGUCACCAAAUGGAUGGAUGUGUUCCCCACUGAGAAUGCGACUAUGACCUGUGGGAUGGAGCAGGACAGCACUGACUGGACAUAUGCGUGGUACCGAGAUGGAAACAAGGUCCAGGAUUAUUAUUCUAAAAAUGAUCGAAAUUUUUCUAUCACCUCUGCUUCAGCCUCGGACAGGGGACGAUACAGCUGCUCGGGAAAACUGAAGAGCAGGAAAGUCUACAGCAAGGAAAGUGCUGAACUAGUACUUGUUGUUUAUGGUGAAAAACCGAAAGUCACACUGGUGCAGAAUCCCAAGCACGAUUUGAUGCACUCUGAAGAUUCAGUCUCCUUUAACUGUCACGUUAAUGUGUCCACUGGAUGGGAGUAUCUGUGGUACAAAGAUGAUAGACAGCUUGACUCAUCUGGAAGUGACCACAACAUCAGUUCUGUUGUGACAACCAACUCUGGUUCAUAUACAUGCAAAGUUAAAAGAGGAAUGCAUAUGGUCUUCUAUUCAGACCUGAGUAACAAUGUAAAGCUCAAAGUCGUAGAGCGCCCCAAGGCCAGUAUAGUCCUGCUUACUGGCUGGUCAGAAGUCUUCUCCACUGAUAGCUUGGUCCUAAAGUGUGAAGUAAUGGAAAGCACGGACAUGUGGAACUACACAUGGUCUAAAGAGGGAGAAAAAAUUGAAUCUGCAUACUCUGAGAGACAUAUAGUAACUCCCCAGAAUGACCCAGACCAGAGUAUGUACACCUGCCACGGCAUUCGCAACGAGAGACCCUUAUAUUCAAAAACCAGUGAUUCUUUCAAGACCAAGAACCUUCUUUUAAAGAGGAGGGUGCUUCUUUCCAUCUCUGGCUGUAUUUUCUUUGGCAUCAUUGCCGUCUUGAUAGGAUGCGUGGCCCUCAGAAUCUUCCGCAGACCAGCUGCUGCUGAUGACAGGGCGGAAGAGGUCAACCUGUUUCCUACAAUGGCUCAGCUAAAGAUUACCGACGCGCCCUGUCCUCUGGUUGACUACAUCACUGAUGCAUCUCUGAAUGCUCCAGUUAAAGAAGAGGAGGAGAAUGGUACAGUAUGCAACGAAACAACACCCUUACCAAUAACCAAGCAGGAGGACCAAGCUGCAACGAAUGACAGCCAGGAGACAACAGAAACCAACGGCGGGCUGCUUUCCUUUCAAAAAUGAGUCAUAGAAGUAGUCUUUACAUAAUUUUAUCAGAUGGCUAUUAAUGAGUCAGCAGACUUGAUUCAGCCGUUUGAGGCU